AUUAUGCAAAAUGUUUUGUGGUUGUGUAUGACAAAAGAAAAUAAAAAAAAAAUCGUGAAUAAUAUUUGUGGGUGGUUCAUUUGACUGUGUUUGAGCUCGUGCCACAAACUCGCGAUAACCAGAAGGUAUUCCUCAGUCUCAAUGUUCAGUUCGCCGUUGAAUGCGCUAAAUAUCGUACGUGAGUUCCAUGCACGCGCUCAAUCUAACAAAAUUUUGUAUUUAGAACGGGAGAAAAAAGUGUUCAUUGCGGGUGAAAUUCUCCAGGAAGCGCCAAAAAAAAACAAGUUUAUGUUCUUGUGAUUUAUAUUUUAUUUCAAAAAGUGCCGUAUAGUUUCUUCAGCAUUGGAAAUUUUGCAGUAUAUUGUGCAGGGUGGUGCUCUAAAUCCCUUGGCCAGGGAAAAAUUAUGUGUGAGGAACUUCCUGAGGGGCUGAACACGUGAAUAUGGAGGUAAUCCACAUGGACAAUGGGCACAAGGCGGCCGUGGAGGGUAAGACGGUUUACGCGCCACGCAGUGAAAGUGACCUAAGACCAACGCCGUCGUCAGACGGGACAAAGACGUCAACAGCACCGGAGCGACCACGAGCUACUUUUAAGAAAUCUCACACCUGUGGUAGCCUUUUUGCCAAUUGUGAGUGCGAUUUAAGGGACGAGUGCAGGAGUCACAAGACCUUCGCGCGCAAGAAAAUCUUCCAGUCUUUCUCCCAUCCUGACACAACAUUCAUCUUCACAGACGAAAGUGCUCAAGUUAAAGAUCAAAGAGCAUCUCAGCGAUCGAGAGUCAUUGCCACACGGAAUGGCAUCCUUGCCCUGCCAGGAGCCGAAAAGCGCCAAUCCACACCGAGUCUGGGUAACUUCACCGUCCACGAUGUCGCUAUCCAUCCGGAAGUGGUGCUUAAGGUUUGUCGGCAAGAACCAGUGACGCCCACCAAUUCUCCAAAUCAGAGCUUCUUCUCUGACCACCUGAAAACUCAACUGAGGCAAAUCCGACCACACAAGACACGCAGUGACUCUGGCCAAUCUGACCAGUCAGUUUCCAGCCGAGAAGAUCGCCGGACAUCUGUGGCCAAGUCAGAUUCCAGCUUUGACGAGGACGUAGAGAAACCAUUUGAAUUUGUUCUGGGCGAGAGUCCAGAAAGCACCAAAAUGGGCUCAGUACUGGGCAAUAUCCUCAAGAAAAACUCCAAAGUGGGCAAUGUGGUCGGCGAGGGUCUGCAAAUGAAUAUGCAAGAUGGCAAAGCACUGAAUAGGAGUGGGAGAAAGGAGUCCUUUGGUUCAGCAGUAAUUCCAAAUGAAUAUGAUUAUUAUCACAAAAUAUCAUCACAUUCCAUUGAUUGGCACGAGAGAUCUCAGCAUUUGGAGGAUGAGAUUGCAAAUUUGCGGGAAUUGUUGAGAAAUCGUGACAAUGAGAUUGACAAACUUAAACGAGAAGUCCACAAACUUAAGAGUGUCCUUCAGCAGACUACCAAUCAUAUCCGGAUCGGGGAUGGCGAAUUGCUGUCUAGCCUGCAGAGUCACCAUUGCAUGGCAGCCCAGCAGAAUCGAGCUUGCUGCUCGGCAAUGGUUCAUCCAGGCAUGGAGCAACAGAAGAAAAUCGAGGGACAGGAUAUGAGUCGAGGUACUCGACCAAGAUUUGAAUCUGCACCCACAACGGCCGUCAAGAAGCAAGGUGUUUCAGGGGAGAGUUCUGACGGAGCUGCUCAACAAUCACGAGACAUAAAAAUUCCCAAAUACGAAAAGGACUUCCGAUCGAAACAACUCAUCAAGGACGCCAUAAUGGACAAUGACUUCAUGAAGAACAUCGAUUCACUACAGAUCAGGGAACUCGUGGAGUCUAUGUACAGUCGAGAGAUUCCAGCUGGGGAGUAUGUUGUACGGGAGGGAGAAGCCGGAUCCCAUCUUUAUGUAUCUGCUGAGGGAGAAUUUGAAGUGAUCAAGGAUGGAAAAAUUCUGGGAACAAUGGGUGCAGGAAAGGCUUUCGGAGAACUGGCCAUAUUGUACAAUUGCACUCGAACAGCUUCAAUUCGGGUACUGAAAGAUUCAAGCGUAUGGGUACUCGAAAGACGCCUUUUUCAACAGAUCAUGAUGCGAACUGGCCUUCAGAGAAUUGAGGAAAACGUCAAGUUCCUAAAAUGCGUACCACUGCUCAAGAAUCUGAGUCACGAUGUUCUCUGUAAGAUUGCUGAUGUUCUGGAAGUGGAAUUCUAUCCUGCAAAUUCCUACAUUAUUCGUCAAGGAGCCAGUGGAGAUACCUUUUAUCUCAUAAGUCAGGGUAGUGUGAAGGUGACCCAACGCUUGCCAGGGACAUCGAUCGAAGAAGAGAUCCGAAUUCUCAAACGUGGAGACUAUUUUGGGGAACAAGCCUUGAUUAAAGAAGAUAAACGUACCGCUAACAUCGUAGCUCAGUCUCCAGGAGUUGAGUGUCUAACCCUAGAUCGAGUGUCUUUCAACCAACUCAUAGGGGAUCUUGUUGAACUUCACGACAUAGACUAUGGAGAUGAGAACCGCUUGAUCGCUUUCAAACAGUCGGAAAGAAAAUUACUGGGUUUCGAAAAGUUGAACAAACAGGAAUUGCUCGACGUUGAACUGGGAGAUCUGGAGACAGUAGCCACUCUGGGUGUAGGUGGAUUUGGUAGAGUUGAACUUGUAAAACAUAUUCGUGAUGGAAAGAUCGAAAGCUACGCUUUGAAGUGCCUUAAGAAACAACAUAUUGUGGAAACUCAUCAGGAAGAUCAUGUCUUCAGUGAACGUACCAUCAUGUUGUCCUGCCAGUCUCCUUUCAUUUGCCGCCUCUUCAGGACCUAUCGGGACAGCAAAUAUGUCUACAUGCUUCUAGAAGCAUGUUUAGGCGGUGAAAUCUGGACCACGUUGAGAGAUAAAGGCUAUUUUGAUGAUCAUACCGCUCAGUUUAUCAUCGGAUGUGUCCUUCAAGCUUUCGAAUACCUCCAUGCAAGAGGGAUCGUCUACAGAGAUCUGAAACCUGAGAAUCUCAUGCUGGACUCCAAAGGCUACGUUAAGCUUGUGGACUUUGGGUUUUCCAAAUAUAUCGGGUAUAGCAGUAAGACUUGGACUUUCUGCGGUACACCGGAAUACGUAGCACCAGAAAUCAUUCUCAAUAAAGGUCACGAUCGCGGAGUGGACUUUUGGGCACUUGGUAUUCUGAUACAUGAACUCCUAACAGGAGCACCACCCUUUACUGCUAAUGAUCCUAUGAAAACUUACAAUAUCAUCCUCAAGGGAAUUGAUAUGGUAGACUUUCCGAGGCAUAUGAGUAGGGCAGCUAUUGGACUGAUUAAGAAACUCUGCCGAGACGUCCCAGUAGAGCGUCUGGGUUACCAAAAGGGCGGCUUUGAGGAAAUAAAAAAGCACAAAUGGUUCCAAGGAUUCGACUGGGAUGGUUUGGUCAACCUAACCCUAGAAGCACCGAUUGUGCAACCGGUUGAAGGACCCCUUGAUGUAUCUAACUUCGACAAAUUCCCCAUUGACAGUGAGAUUCCGCCAGAUGAAUGUUCGGGCUGGGAUGCUGAUUUCUGAUCAUGGCUCAUCAAUCAUCAACACACUGUGGCCUUCCUAGAAGAGAACCUAGCAAUACAAAAAUACUUUACACACAUAUUCCUCCUCCACUACAAUUGUUGGAUAUUAAAGGCUUGUAUACAAAAAAAAA